ACCAAACCACGGCCCACUAGGAGAGCCCACCAAUGCAUUCCACAACAACCAUGACCGCCUCCUACCUCCGCCUCCUGCGCCGCUUCCCUCGCCGGAGCGCCGCCGGCGGCCACCAGCUCCACGCGCUGCUCGCCAAGCUCGGCCUGCUCCACCGCUCUGAAUUUCUCUCCGCUCUCCUCUCUCGCCUCCCGCCUUCGCCGUCGGCGCUCUCCCUCCUACUCGAGGCACCCCCGGCCGUCCUCUCGCCGUCACUCGUCUGCCCGGUAAUCGUCGCCUUCUCUUCCUCCCAGGCCCCGUCCUCCGCGCUCCUCCUCUUCAAUCAUGCCUCCUCGUGCUCCCUCCCCACCCCGCUUCCCACCUUCCCUGCGCUACUCAAAUCCUGCGCCCGCGCAUUCAACCACAGCUCUCGCGCCAGUGCCGCGUCGGUCUUCGUCUCCAAGGGGAUGGAGCUGCAUUGCCGUGUCUUGAAGCUUGGCUGCGGGAAGGAUCGCUAUGUGCGGAAUGCGCUCGUCUCCAUGUAUGGCAAGUUCGGUCGCCUCGGGGAUGCACGGAAGGCGUUCGAUGAAAUGCCUGACAAGAAUGCCGUCUCCUGGAAUGCGUUGGUCGGGGCUCAUCGUGCCGCUGCAGAUUGGAUGGGUGCAGACCGCGUGUCUCAGGCCAUGCCAGUGAGGAACUUGUCAUGGUGGAAUGCUGAGAUCGCGCGAAAUGUGAGGAUCGGGUAUAUGGAUGAGGCUGCAAGGAUUUUCAGCGAAAUGCCAGAGAGGGAUGCUGUAUCAUGGAACUCUUUGAUCAGUGGCUACACAAAGCUCGGCAAAUAUACCCAAGCAUUGGGGAUUUUUCAAGAAAUGCAGGAGAAUGGCAUUCAACCUACUGAGCUUACACUUGUACUAGUCCUUGGGGCUUGUGCAAAGAUUGGUAAGCUGGACCUGGGGACAAACAUCCACAGAAACCUUCAGAACAAGGGCAUUGUAGCUGAUGGCUUGGUUGGCAAUGCACUCAUUGAUAUGUAUGCAAAAUGUGGGAUGUUGGAUCUUGCCAAGAAGGUCUUUGACAGAAUGUCUAUGAGGGAUAUUACAUGCUGGAAUGCGAUGAUCGUUGGUUUCUCUGUGCAUGGCUGCUCACGUGAGGCUCUAGAGCUCUUUGAUUCGAUGAAGAUUGAGCCAAAUCCUGUCACAUUUUUGGGUGUCUUGACCGCCUGCAGCCAUGGUGGCCUAGUGAAUGAGGGGAGGAAAUAUUUUAAUAGCAUGAUUGAGGACUACAGAAUUGUUCCUGAUGUUAAGCAUUAUGGCUGCAUGAUUGAUAUGCUUUGCCGCUAUGGAAAAAUUGAAGAAGCUUAUCUGAUGAUUAAAGAAAACCCUUCAACAGCAAGCUCUGUUCUGUGGAAGAUGUUGUUGGCAGCUUGCCGAGUGCAUGGGCACAUCGAUCUUGCUUACAUGUUUUUUCAUGAACUACGUGAGUUGAUUCUAACUGAUAAUGGAGGACUUGUCACAAUAUCAAAUGUUUAUGCAGAAGCGAAGAGAUGGGAUGAUGUCGAGCAUCUGAGAAUGAAGGUCAGAUGCAACAGUGCUUUGAAGCAUGCUGCACAUAGUCAAAUGGACGUAAUAUUUCCAGAUGGACAUAUGUGUGAUGGCACAAGAAAAUUAACCGAUACCGUUGCUUGAAUGGUUUUGUUGAUCAACAACAAAUGUUUCUGAAACUGAAUCAUGACUUCCGGGCUAAUUGAAUGUUUUAGACAUGAAUAACUGGCAGCAAAAGAAUUGCUCACAUCAUUGCCCCUUCACUCAUAUCACUCAGUACCAAAGGUUUGGGCAGAAGCAGAGAUGGAGUGAAGUUGAGUAUCUGAGAACAGAGAUGAUCAGAUACAAUGCCUCAAAGCAUGCUGCAAACAGCCAAGUUAAUUUUAGGUAGCCAAUAAACCCGCCGCAAGCUGUACAGUGUAAUAUUCAGCUUCAUUUCCAGAAGUCCACUUUGCUACCACUUCUAGACUGUAGUUCCAACGGGACAAUACUGCUGCUAAUUCUCAAAGUGAAGACUGCUGAACUGUGAAUUUCGUAAGAACUUUGAGUCGUAUUAAACUAUUAAUGUAUUGAUGCACAGCAGAUGGGAGAUAACCUUCUUCUUGUGCUGAAAUGUGCCUGUUCCAUCAAAUGCCUUGGAUUUUUCCACUGAGAGUCCUCGUUUUUGAGUAUGUCACAAUCAUUGUGGUUAGGACUUUGGAGAAGUGCAUUGUUUCCCAACAUGCAUCAGACAAAAUGAAAAUAUUGGGUUUCUAUCCAUUUCCAUUGCAAUAUGUGAAAUUUUGGAUGUCUACUCCACUUAGUGUCUGUUGUCAGUAAACUGCACUGGCUAAAUUGGCUACUGAAAUGCAGAAAAGGAGAAUGAAGUUGAACUCUGUGCUCUGCCUAGAAGUGAUUUCAAUGCGAACGCUUCGCUAGAUCAGUAGCCCAUGAAAGGUGGAAUUUUCAGCAAGUACCAAAGCAAGUAGUAUUUCGGUGGAAGUUAAAUACCAUGGUGACGAGCUCGAGAAGCUGAUCCAGAUGGGCAAACACAAAUAGGAUUGCAGAAUGCAUUCUUUCUUGGCUUCAUUUUUAAGAUUGCCAGAUGGUAACUGUAAUAUUUGCUAUACAAUGCUGGUGAACGACAUUCCAGUAAAAGUUUUAAGUUUCGGUGUAUAUGGAGCAAUGGAAAUUUAUAUGGGCACAAAUGAAACAGUUCUGGAGACUCAGUAAGAGCUGAAUAUUAGGGGCAAGAAGGCAUGUAGUUGGUUGGUGACAUUAGGAGCAUGGAGUUGAUGCCAUUCAUGUGCAUGCGAGGUUUUAUCUGACCUAUCGAGAUGAGGAUCAAAUGAACAGAGUAGUAUACGUUGCUAGGCGACGUCUCUGGAUGAAUUAAUGGAUCGAUCAGGUUGCUGCAGGCUGCUAUAGCUCUGCACCAGGACCAAGCACUGCACAUUACUGUAUCUGUAUGGUCACACUGAUGAAAGGAGAAAUUUGCGAAGUAGCUGCUGAUCCAUCUGCCCAAUCGAUAGGCUACAAAUAAAUGAAGCUGGUAGCUUUCAUUCAAUAAAUAUGGAUUCCUUCAACAGUGGAGUACCCAUUGCUCUGUUUGCCCACAGAUGGAAUUGAAGCUGCGUGUCAAAUGUCAAUCUUUCUAAAGACCUGUCUUUUAAUAUGUAUGCUUGUGAAUUGUAUUUUGUAUAUACGCCAUACAUAAAAAUGAUACUGCCAUUAAGUCA